CGGGGCCCGCGGGAGCGAGGCGGAGCAAGGCAGGAGGGGCAGGAGGACCACGCUCCUGCUGCCGGAGCUGCGCGCGGGCGACCAUGUCCGGGGGCAGCAGCUGCAGCCAGACCCCAAGCCGGGCCAUCCCCGCCACUCGCCGGGUGGUCCUCAGUGACGGCGUGCAGCUGCCGCCCGGGGACUACAGUACCACCCCCGGUGGCACGCUCUUCAGCACCACUCCCGGAGGUACCAGGAUCAUCUACGACCGGAAGUUCCUCAUGGAGUGUCGGAACUCACCUGUGACCAAAACACCCCCGCGGGACCUGCCCACCAUUCCCGGGGUCACUAGCCCUGCCAGCAGUGAGCCCCCCGCAGAAGCCAGCCAGAACCACCUGCGCAACAGCCCGGAAGAUAAGCCUGCAGGUGGUGAAGAAUCACAAUUUGAGAUGGACAUUUAAAGGACCAGCCCUCAGAUUGAACAAUGCCUCUGGGUACCUCUAGCGCUUCUUGGAAGAAGAAUCACACCAGCCAGGCCUUAUGAAAGUUAUCAUCCUGGGCAGGCAUUGGGUGUGGGGUCAGCCACCCCAGGCCUCUCCUGCCUCACUCAGGGCACCUGCUCCCCCUUCUUCGUGAACACCAGCAGAUACCUCCAUGUGCCUCCAUUCAUGCAGGAGCUGCCACCCCAAGGGGAGUGACUCUCAAGAACACACCCUGCAGCCCAGGGCCAGGAAGUGCACACACAGGAGCCCUUCUGAGGGGCUCUUCCAGCCCCGUCCUCUGGUGCUGCACCCACCCCUUCCUUAGGUUGGUAUCGUGGGAAAGCGCCCCUCCUCCUCCUGCCCCAAGAGAGGAAAUAAAAGCCACCUUCGCUCUAGGGCCAACAGUCA